AGUGGGGAAUAUUACUUUGUCCAAAUGACAUUGUGUCUGUUCUUUUUAUUAAGUCUUGGAUUGAUUCUUCCAGGAUUAAGUGCUGGAGCAAGUGUUCCCAUCUUUUCACCAGAUGUGAUUGUUGUCACUGUUGAGGAAGGAAGAACAGAUGACCUGGUGACUUCUCUCAAUUGUACCACUCCAGUUGGAUCUCCCUGCCCUAUACGUACAAAGAUUGAUGGCGAUGAUUUUGGAUCCGAGAAAUUUAAAAUUGAUAAUAGCGACCUGAAAACAACAAAUAUUCCGACUGAUUACGAGGCAGUAGAAACGAUAAGCAAAGACUUUGUGUACACACUGAUAAUUCGUGGAAAUGAUUCAGUUAACUCUCUGAAAACGGCUGAGGCAACUGUGUUUGUGCACAUUGAUUCCAAAAACGAACAUGACCCAGAAUUCAUUGGAAUGCCCUUUAGAGCAUCGGUUGGUGAGGACGCUGCAGUAGGUACGCAGGUAAUAAAAUUGACCGGAACAGACAAAGAUCUUGGAACAGGCGGAGAAUUAUCGUUUAUGAUCGUAGGAGGUAAUGAUGACAAUAAAUUCGAUAUUAACCCUGAGAGUGGAAGAAUCUUCAUAAACAAUUCACUGGACUACGAGACGAAGGAAAACUAUACCCUGAAUGUCAGUCUGUCUGACGGAGAGAGGUCAGUCAUCGCAGAUGUCGCCAUAAGUGUUACCCCUGUAAAUGACAACGACCCUAAAUGUACCCCACAAGUCUACCACGUGACCAUGGAUGACACCCUGGCUAAAGAAGGAGUCACGAUACACACAUUAACCUGUUCUGACGCCGACAGAGACCCUUUAACAUACACGAUAGACAGCGGAGAUAUCUCUGGGAAAUUCACCAUUAAAACACCACCAAACAUUGAGCUUGUGAAAGAUCUUGAUGCAAGCCAGAAGAACUUGAAUUACCUGCUGACGAUUAGGGUUUCGGACGGGUCAAGGUCAACCGAUGCCUGGUUACGUGUGUACGUCACAAAAAACAACACUAAAGGUCCAGAGUUCAUGAGUCAACCUACAGUUUAUGUACGCGAGAGUGAGAUGAUUGGGACAGAAAUUAUAAUAUACACUGCAGAAGAUCCCGAUAAGGAACCAUACGGCAUUGUGUCUUAUGAAAUAGAAUCGGUUACAAACGGCGGGGAGGACAAUUUUUUAAUCGAGGAGACUUCAGGAAGAAUAAAGCUUGCAAAGCCACUUGAUUUCGAGACCGUCACAAAGUACAUGUUACGUGUAGUGGCAAAAGACGGAGGCGGACUAAAAGGCACAGGGACAGUAACAGUGAAUGUUAUUAAUGAAAAUGACAACGCACCUACAUGUACAACUUAUUCCGAGGCGUACAAUGUUGCCGAGGAUACAGACCCGACCAGCGCUAUUUCUACUGACGUGCAGUGUACAGAUGCGGACGGUGACUCUCUGUCGUUUAUGAUAGCGGAAAAUCCUCCAGGAUCCAAAUUUACACUCUCAUCAUCUAGGACGGUCCUUCUUAAAGAACCCCUGGACUUUGAGACCCAAUCCUUUUACGAACUUCAGAUUUCUGUGAUAGACGGCGGGACAACCCCGGUGAUAAUAACUUUUAUUAUUGACGUCACUAAUGUUAACGAACACACUCCCACAUUCACUAACCCAGAUGUAUACUAUGAAACCCUUGAUGAAACCUCCCAACCUGGAGUUAACAUUACCACCGUCACGGCCACCGACGGCGACAGAGACAGGGUGGCGUACAGCUUCGUGACACCACAGACAAAAUUUAACCUAGGAUCAGUGAGCGGACAAAUUAUUCUCAGUCAGACAUUGGACGCUGAAGUUGUGUCGUCAUACAAGUUACUUGUACGGGCGUCUGACGGGCAGAAAGAGUCCACUGCAACGGUAUCCAUUACGGUGAACGACGUCAAUGAAAAACCCGUCUUCGAACAAGAUAAGUACAGCUUUACAAACACCGAAAACUCGGAUAUAGGAAAAUCUGUCGGUAAGGUAACAGCUAGAGACCCGGAUGUAUCCGGUAACAACGGAUUGUUUCGUUAUACCAUUAUUUCGGGCAACAUUAAUUCGCAUUUUCUGAUUGAUCCUGAUGUCGGCACCAUUAGUGUCGCGGUGUCUACAGACUACGAAUUCACCAAAUCGGUCCUUCUGGUUAUUGAAGUAACAGAUUUUGGGACUCCUGCCCUCUCAGACAAAUGUACCGUGAAUAUCAGCAUUAUAGACGUUAACGACAAUUCACCUGAAUUCCCAACGGCCACAAUGACCAAAUUUAUUGCAGAAAAUGCGAGUCUUGGAGAUUUUGUUACACGAGUUACUGCAAAAGAUAUAGACUCAGACCUUAGUGAUAAUAAUUUAUUUGAGUUUCGUUCUUCAUCAAAUGUGCCAUUUAAUGUACACUAUUUGACGGGAGAGGUGACUGUCAACGGACAGAUCGAUAGAGAAAUACAGGAAAGUUAUGAGAUGAUUAUUGAGGCAGUUGACAAAGGGUUUCCAGCCAGGACAGGUUAUGUUACUUUGACAAUUACAUUGACGGACAUUAACGAUAAUGCCCCGCUAAUCCAAGGAACGUAUGAUAAAACCAUUCCGGAAAACGAACCUGUCCACUCAUUGGUGUUUUCUCUGUCUGCCACUGAUCCAGACACAGGGGAGAAUGGACGAUUCUUGUAUUCAAUAGAAUCAGGAAACUCAGACUUUCAUUUCAAAAUCGAACAAACUCGUGGGUUUAUCCAGGUCGCAACAGAUCUAGACCGCGAAUCUCAGUCCGUCUAUGAAUUGGUGAUUAAAGUUUCAGAUUUGGGCUCCCCGCAGAUGUCCUCUUCUAUCACGGCGACAGUUACUCUUAGUGACGUCAACGAUAUUAUUCCUGAAUUCACCCAGAAUACAUUUGUGUUUAAUAUAAAAGAAAACUCGCCUAUUGGAACGUUGGUAGGAAAAGUGGAUGCGACAGAUGGUGACAGAGGUAUUAACGCUCUACUCACUUACAGAAUAAAGACGUACGAGGAAGGUCACGCGGGAAAAUUCGCGAUUAACUCAACAACAGGAGAAAUAAGAAGCUUUGAUGUCAUAGACCGUGAAGUAGAAGACUUUUACGCCAUCUUGUUGAUUGUUGAAGAUGGUGGGUCUUUGUCGUCUGAAGCAAUGGUGAACAUUACCAUAACCGAUGAAAAUGAUAACACCCCGAUAUUUACUAGGAGAUUAUAUUCAACCGAAGUGUCUGAAAAUUUUACUGUAGGAGGCAAAAUUUUAACCACAACGGCGUUCGACUUCGACAUUGGACUCAAUGCCAAAAUUUCAUAUAGUCUGGACAUUGUAACAUUAGAUGAUGCGAUAGCAUCGCAAUAUUUUUCUGUAGAUGUAAACACUGGUGAGGUUUUGCUCAUCAAAGAACUUGAUCGUGAGUUGUAUGCCAACAUUACUAUGACUGUGACGGCCACUGAUGCUGGUACACCGCUAUUAUCUUCCAACACAACAGUCACUGUCUUCGUGGCAGAUAUUAACGAUAAUAGACCGAUAUUUACUCCGUCUUUUUACAAUGCAGAGGUGUCGAAUGAGUAUGCGUGUGACCAUGUUAUUGCUAUCGUUACUGCACUAGAUAGAGACCAGGAGGAAAAUGCUGAAGUCUUUUUCGAAAUGGAUCCUAUCUACGGAGAAAACCAAUUUCUUGUCGACAGAAAAUCGGGCGAAAUUACUACCAGCCUAAAUGUAAACGAAACCAGGAAUGUCAUCUUGGUGCGUGCAUACGAUCUUGGCACUCCUAAACUUACGUCAUCUUUGAGUGCCAAAAUCAGAAUAGAUUCCUUUAAUGCAAGUGAAACGAUAAUUUCAUUUUCUUUAUCGAUGGGAUUGUCUACAUACUUAAGAAAGGAAUCAGAAUUUUUGUCACUUGUGAAAGCAACGAUAGGAGAGUUUUAUGCAACGGCGUAUGUUCGACGAUGGUGCAUAGAAGACAAAUCUACUUCCGUCCUAGUCUAUGUAUAUGCCGUAAAGAACGACUUGACGAAUUGGGAGAGCAACCUUUUUAUGGAUAAACCGUUCAUGACUAAUGGGGAAUUCCUGGAUUCUUUGGAGCUGAAUAAGGACAAGGUCCCAACUAUCAAUGGAACGGAUGAACCUUGGAGAAAGUUUUUGGUUACUGACGUCAAGCCGUUUGGACAGAAUGUCGUUUACCCCGCAGGUUCCUCUCGUUCCUCCAGCAGUGGAGACACAUCGGGACUAACUAUCGCACUUGCUGUCAUAUUCUCCCUCCUUGCCCUAGCCUUAUUAGCGGCGCUGAUCAUCUACCUACUGUGGAGAAGAAAAAAUAAACAAAAGAAAGACAAUCUUUCCAAGUCCAAACCAAAGCUCAUCAAAGUUCAAUCAAAAGGAGAUAUGAUAUCUGGCGGUCAAAAUUCCUCAGACACCAGACCUUUUGUCUCAGACACAGACGACUCUGUUGGUCACGUGACCAUGGUAGGAAAUCCCUCCAUGGUAUAUUCCGGAUCUGGGUCGCCUGGAUCCAGAUCUGCUCAAGGCAAAGGAUCGCCCACUGGAUCUGGAGGAGAAGAUGAAUCCGAUCCAAUGACGAAAAUCGACAUUGACGGGAAUAGAGAGGGACUCGUGUCGCCCACAGACGUCAGAAUGUCACAAGGAGUUAUGGUUGCAGGAAUGGGGGCAUCAGGUGAAGGAAGUGUGAAGGAUGCUAAUUCUGUCAGAUAUGGCGAUGGUCAAUAUCCAGAAAAAGAAUUAGAUUCCUCCAGAGAUGGAAGGUCGUCAGACAGAACAUCUGGGAACAGAAGCGAUAGACACAGGGGUGUUGGCGGUCGAUCAGAGAUGGACGUCUCGGACGAAAGAGCAUCAGCGAGAACAUUUGGGAACAGAGGCAUUGAUACAGUGACUGGUUGGGUUUAUGAAGACCAUCCAGAGAAUAAUGGCCGACAGUGGCUCAGAACCCCGGAUGGAGAUCCGAUAUUUGAACAACGUCCCUUCAUCUAAAUAGACAGUAGGAAGAAGGAAGCCGCAUUUCUUAGAACACUUCUUCUGAGAAGAACAAAAAUUGACAAAUGAAGAUGAAGGGAUUUUGCGACUGUUAUUAUAAAAAAAGAUAUCUUGACUGUUGUGUAAACUUACGACGAAGCUUAAUUGGCCUUAAGCUGAAUUAAUAAGACAAUAAGAAGAUUAAAAAGUAACAUUUUAAAAUUAUUGCCUUGUUCUAUUUUGCAUCUUUCCAAUCAUGGUAAAUUGGCGCUUUAUGAACGCAGCAAAUUCAAAAAGAAAACAAAAUUCUCUAUGACCAGGCUAAUUUUAAAAAAGUUGUUGAUGACUAAACCCCAAAACCUGAAAUAUCUAAAUUUCAUUUUUAAUUCAAUUCUGAAUUUCAUUUCUAUUUUACAAGGUGAACUUCCUUAAAAAAGAAUUAACUUAAAGUACCUGUAGACGUGGAUCAUCUAAACGUGUGAAUCGUUUAAAUAAAAUACUAGUACAUGUACGUUGUUGAAAUUUGAUAACAGCUCUAACAGGCAUGGGGUAAUCGUAAUCGAUUGUAAUGAUCACUUUUUUUUCCAAGCAAUCGACAGUAAACUGUAAUCGAAGAGAUUAUCGAUUGCUUGUAAUCGUAAUUAAAUCGAUUACAGCUAAAAUUUCCAAUAUAAUUAUGAUUACUCUUUCGAUUACUUUCAAUUACUUUAUACAUAUACAUACACAUCUACUUUAUACAUUAAUGUUAUUUUGUAGAAUCAUUUCCAGUUAGUCACAUAUAAAUAUUUUAUAUUUACACUAAUCCAUCCAGUGAUAUGUGUUGAUUUC